UUCAGCUUGCAACCAUGAAACUUGUUAGGUGAGUGAAUGUAUGAAUGUAUUUUGUGCCCUUCUGAAGUUGUACAGCAAUGAUGGCGCAGCUGAUAAGUUAUAAACGUUCAAUGUUUUUGUUUGACAGAUUUUUGAUGAAGCUAAGCCACGAAACAGUGACGAUCGAACUAAAAAAUGGAACUGUUGUCCAUGGAACAAUCACUGGUAAGGAUGUUGCAGUGUAAAGGCAUUCUUUUCAGCAUGUGUGCUGUGGUUUGCGACGGCUUAACUAUCAGCUUUUGGCAACUAUCGAAAUGAACGCUUUCGUGAUGGUGUUCCAAUUCCUAAAAGUAAACUUGCAUUUGCAGUUCAAAGAAUCAUAUAAAGUAAAGAAAAUGUUGCUCCAGUAUAAUACUGCUGCAACAUUGACAUAAAUUGUAGACGGAGUAACUGUAGAAAUUCACUUUUGUUUUCUCAAAUAUCCAAGUUUUCAGCCAUUAAAGACUCGUGGCAUCAUAGACCUCUUACGCCUGUAUGUUUUGUUUUUCCAAUACAGGUCAUGUAACAAUACUCUAGAGAACUGUUUCUUCAAAUUUCGUGUCAUUCACAUGCUUAUCUACGCAUAAUUUAUGUAAAGACAGAAGACCCAAGUUCCCCUGGGACCUCUCUUGGGAAAACAAAACAUACAAUCUAAAGACGUCUAUUGGAGAAUACCUUCUCCCCCUACAAGCAUAUUCUCUACACCAUUCUCCAUAAAGGUUGUGUAGUGAGCAGCAUUUCUUGGUGGCCAUCCUCUCAUUCAUGACUUUAGUGUGUGGAGGAAGGGAUAACUUAAUGCUGUUCAAUGAAGCAGAGUUUAAACAUAACUUGAAUUCUUGUUUGCCCUUGUGCCGUAAAUGUAACAAAAGCCCUUUUGACAAGCAACCCUCAAAUUCUUCGUGUCUGGGUAGCUGCAUUCUAGGACUGGAACAAUACGUUUUCUCUUGAUGUGGUACAGAUCGCAAUGCAGGGGCCAUGGUAUGAUACAUGAUUCAAUACAUUAACAUUUUUGCGAAUCUGUAGCGACCACUUGUUUGGGUUGUUGGACAAGGGCUGUUCUGUAGCACUGUAACCAACAGUUUUCAUAGGUUAUGACAUAGGCAUAGCUGUAACCAACAGUUUUCAUAGGUUAUGACAUAGGCAACAACAUUAGCAAGCAAAUUUGCACUAGUAAGCUGAAGUUAAGAUUUUUUGACAGGGCAUCAACUAGGCCCUUUUGGUCAUGUUAAGCAUUAGCCAAGCAUUUAAAAAUUCAGUGGGUAGUAAUUUUUGAGUUAUCACUUCUCUAGGUGUUGACAUGAGCAUGAACACACACUUGAAAGCUGUAAAAAUGACCAUCAAGAAUAAGGAGCCUGUGCAGUUAGAGUCACUAAGCAUACGAGGCAACAACAUUCGCUACUUCAUUCUUCCUGAAAGCUUACCUCUAGACACUCUGUUGGUUGAUGAUGCACCAAAAGCUAAAGCGAAGAAGAAGGAGGCUGGUAUGUAUGGUAUUGUGUCUCUAUUUAUAUCAGGUUUCUUUAAAAUAGUGUGUUGCAGUCUUGUUGUUGAGAGCUACAUCGAUGUUGAUCUUUUAACUUUCAUGUACAGGUAAGAUGAUUGAGAUGUAUUUAAUGAUGUAUUUAUUUUCACUUUUCAUUUCAUUAAAAGCAACUAAAUUUGAGUGUUUCCUUUUUCUUAACAGCUGCAAGAGGUAGAGGCCGUCUUGCGCCUGGUGGACGUGGUAGAGGGCGUGGCAGAGGGCGAGGAAGGGGAAGAAGAUAAUCAGAGAAAGAACACAGCUGGGUUGUGAAAUUAAAACAUCGUGGCCAUUGGAAUACUUUUUGAAAAUCGGGAACUAAGAAAUUGUAAUAUCAUUUCACAGCUGAUUUAUGCCUGUCAUCAAAGAACAGUGUGAAGGAAGUUCCUUAUGGAUGUCAAUGGCUUGUGUUUCACAGGCUUGUUAGCAUUGAUGUUUUAACUUCUUAUUCUUUUCAUUUCAAGUUAAAAAAGGACUAAAAUGAUAUUGUAAAGCACAGAGCUUCUAAAUCAAGAAGGCAAAGCUGCAUGCAAAACUUGCAUGAUACCAUGAUGAAAGUUUGUUGUGGUAGUUGUUUAAAAAGGAGCAAUGUACUUUUGGCACCUUUCUAAAAAAAUUGUUUAUACAUGCAUCCAACAAUAGUUCUUUUGUUCUUUUCAGUAGAAAAGAUGUAAAU